UGCCUUGCCGGUGGAGAAACGUCUCUUAAAAUCGACUCGUUGGACACGCACCGAGCCUGCUCCAGUCUGUUCGACCGGAGCGCCGCCUGCCUCUGUUCCUCCCGCGCAGCGACCCGGCGGCCGGCGACCAAGGCGGUGCCCGCGGCGAGGUCUUCGCAGCCUAGGGUUCGGCUUCACUCUUCUCCUCUCCGCAUCUCGGUCUUCACCCAGGCGCGUCGGCGGCGCCAUCCCGCCCGUCAGCUCUCGACACAGAAAACACCGCAGAUGGCGGUGGCGGACGAGUGGCGUUGCGGGGCGUUGAGCGCCGAGGCAUGGGAUGGAAACAAUCUGAAUCAAGGCAAGGAUUGGCGUGAUGUCUUUCCUGAGGCUGUUACCUCAAAGGUUGCCCCAAUUUGUUAGGCAGGUGGAGCGAGAUGUCGAGACUGUAAUCAAUGUUCUGCAGCCAGGUCCAAUAGGAAUUGUGGAGCAUAAGUUCACUGAUGCAGAGAUCCGCGAGGCGCAAGUCACUGUAAGGAGUGCCGUUGAGAAAUGGCGAAGGAACAGUGCUCUGGAGCGAAAUCUUGGCACUGGUUCUUUUCAUAAAUCGAAGUAGCGCGCUACGUCAUGACUUAGUGCAGCACCAAUACUGAAAAUAAAAGUGUGCCAUGGUUGCAACUGUUGGUCUUGGUGUAGUUAAUGUGUUUUCUCUGUCAGUGAACCAAUGCAAUUGAUCAUGAUCCUCCUCGAUGUUCUAUUAUCGGCAAAAGUACACUCUGCUCGAGUUUCUGAAAUUAUUCUUCUAAA